CUUGUAUAUUCUUGUUAUUUGGUAAUUAUUUUUAUACUCGACCAAAUUAUGUUGGAGAAGCAACGUUGAAUAAGAUCUUUCCGGAAGAUCGUUUUCUAUUAUCAUUCCUCUUAAUGACUGCACCGAGGCGUGGUGAUCCAGACUAUCUUAUUCGUACUAUUGACUCAUAUCUAAAUAACUUUCCUGAUAAGCCCAAUGUGAGUUCAUUAUACGGGCGUACGCAAAUGGUUAUAUAUACACAUUUUAGCAAUCAUCCCAUGUUUGACAAAGCGAAAUUAAGAUACGCAAAUAGUUCAAAAGCUCAAAAUUAUCUUCGAUUCCAUCGAGAAAAGGGAUUUAAGAUUAACCAACGAUUACAUGUGUCUAAAGCUAUAAAACUUGUAAGCGAAAAUUUUAAAAGCACUUACAUUGCACUUGUGGAGGAUGACUUUCCUUUAUGCGACGGCAAAUGGAAAGAAAUGCUAACGGUUAUAUAUAAUGCCAAUAUACAAGUUCCUCAGCAUUGUGGCAUAUUCGUAGGAACUGGUGGAAGUGGCCUUUUGAUAAGAAAAAAUAAAGCCCUUUUUGCAUCUGAUCUUCUUUUAAAGGAGGAAUCACAGGAAAUUCCACCAGACAUUAUUUUGCAAAAUUGUCUUAUGGGUAGGGCUAAAGGUUGCGAAGAAUGUACACAGACACUAGUCACUUCGAAGGUCUUAUUGAUGUACCAUAUUGGAUAUAAUACUUCUACAAGCCCAGAUAGGAUAUACCAGAAAAAAGAGUUCCAAUGUGGCUGGAGACAUCCAUUU